AUUGGCGCUGGAUGGGCAAUCUACAACCGACUUUUGUAACGAUUACAUCGCUAUAAGUAUUGGAUUUUGAAGCGUUCUGCACUCAACAUGCCGCCAAAAGUAAGUGGAAAAGCUGUAAAGAAAGCCGGUAAGGCUCAGAAAAACAUAAGCAAAGCCGAUAAGAAGAAGAAAAGGAGAAGGAAGGAAAGUUACGCUAUCUACAUCUACAAAGUGCUGAAACAGGUGCAUCCUGAUACUGGUAUUUCUAGCAAGGCAAUGAGCAUCAUGAACAGUUUUGUUAAUGAUGUUUUUGAACGUAUUGCUGCUGAAGCAUCAAGAUUGGCGCAUUAUAAUAAACGUUCUACAAUUACCUCUCGGGAGAUCCAAACUGCUGUGAGGCUACUGUUACCUGGUGAAUUGGCUAAGCAUGCAGUAAGCGAAGGUACUAAAGCAGUCACCAAGUAUACCAGCUCCAAAUAAGAAGAUAUAUCUAAAUUGAUAUAAUAAACUGGCAUUGAAUUUUAAGAUCAAUAAUCAAAAGAAAUGGUCCUUUUCAGGACCACCAAAUUAUAUUAAUGUUGGAACAUUGUUCACAUAUACUUAACAUAAGUUACACGUAUUUAUAUAUCUUUUGCAAAAAGUUUUUAAAAUUCAUUAUGACUGUUUUGUAAUAUGAAAUAGGAUGAUGUCUGGAAAAUGGUUUGAGAAUGUUUCCAUUCAUACAUACCUUAAUUAAUACCAAAAACUUAAUACUUGUUAUCGAUGCAAUAAGAAUUUCUUAUUAUACGAUGUUAGUUUAUCAUUCUAAAAAUGCAUAACUUGAAAUCUUACAUAAAUAUGUUUUUAGUAAGCAUAAAAUAUAGAAAACUGUGAAAAGAUAAAAGCCUCAGAGACUAUUAGACGUAAAAUAAGUAAAAUUUUUUUAUUAUCACAUAAUUAAUGUAAUAAAAAAAGAGGUGAUCUGCAUCAUAAAUAUCAAUACACGUAAUUUUUAUUAAUGGAAAGAGACGCUAUAAUAUUUAUGACAACAUUUGAGCACUUGUGGUUUCUUCGUAUUUACACUUUAUAUUGUGUCUUAAUAAAAUCCUUUUCUCAUGGAA